CGAGCACCGCGCUGGUGAGCUGUUGUGGGAGGAAGUUUUAUACUCGACUUUCCAAUCUUGAGUGCAUCUGUGGGUGCAGCGUGCUUGCAAGCAGCAUAAACGAACGUCGACUGAGUUGGUGGUCUUUAAAAGCAGCUUGCAGUGCAGACUACACUUCACAUCUGCUCCAGCUACAGACACACAAUGACAAGUCUCACCUUCAUCUCACUUUUACUUCUCGCCAUCAUGGUGUCAACGGCCUCAGCUCAAGGUGGGAUUGGAAACUGCUGUUACAAAUUUGGACACAAAAGAAUCCAACGAGACCAGCUGAGGAGUUACUACAAAGAAGAUCCAGCGUCGUGUCCUUUACGUGCAGUGGUAUUCACUACAAUCCACGGAGUAAGACUUUGCUCUGACCCUGCGGUGGUGUGGACACAGACCAGCAUGGCCUAUCUGGACGGAAAGAACUGGCAUCGACAGCAUGUCUUACAAAUCCUCCGCCAGUGACUGCACACUGACACGAAAUGUUAGCACUGCUGAACUUAAAAGACGGACUUUGAAUGUUUUUCUAUACCCUACCUUACCUAAUGUUAAUGAACUAAUAACGACCUCUAUUGUAUCUUCCUUUUUUUACAUGUGAUUUAAAUGAUGUUUAUCUGCAUGAGUGUAAAUAUGUAAAUAACUUUCAUUGUAUUUUAUUACUAACGUACACUGGUGAAUAAAAAUGGUCUCAAAGUAA